CUAAAUCAAAAUGCUGCUCGGCAAACAGAUGUUGCGAGAGGCCCAACAUGUGGAUUCAGUGACAUAAAUUAACAAGUUAGUCGUGAGAAAACGUGAACCAUACAUUCCAUUUUUCAUUCAAUCAAUGAAACCACCUCUCUCACAAUGCUCUUUCAAGUGGUGAGUGGUGACAGUGAGAAACUACCUUACAGAUGUAGAACACUCAUGAGAUCCUUAUGACAUAAAAAAACUAAAGUUUCCCACACUUGUGGUGAAAAUACCAGUUAGUUGGCCUUUUAAACAGCUGGUCAGCUCUGACUAAUAACUUCCUCCAGGUUUAGUUGAAUUAACCUAAAUAUGAAAUCAUGGCUGUCUACACAGCACACCCUGCAGAGUCAUGAUUACAUCCACCCCAAAACGCUAAGCCCUAAAUGUUUACUUAUGUUUCCUAUUUGGCAGAGGCAGCCCAAAAGGCAAAUAAAUCACAUGCUGUGAGCUGGCCAGGCCUUCGACUGUGAGAAACUGAGACUAAAAAGCAGAACAAGAGUUAAAGAGUAAAGGGUUUUCAGAUGUGAGUCCAGCCCAGCUUGGGUGUGCUCCCUUUUAUUUGGGAGAAUGGAGAGGACAAUCUUUGUUGCCUCCACCCCUUUAAAAAAGGAAGAAAAUCCUAAAGAAACGUGUGUUGGAGAGGGGAAGAGCUGCUGCCAAGGUGCAGGGCCGUCAGACAGAUCUUCGAAGAACAUCUGGUAACCGCGGGUAACACUGUUUGGACAUCUGGUAACCGAAGGUUACACUGCGUCUCUUGCUUCCUGUCGGGUUUCCUGUUAUGCCUCGCCGUACACAGUCUGAGAAGUUUAGGUUUAUUAUACAUGGUCACCGGCUGGGGAAAACGCACCUUUAUUCAUUUUUUCUGACAUGAAGGGAGCACUUGGUUUCAUUGGGGUAUUCCUCUCCUUUCUCUGCGAUGCCACUCAUGGAGAAUCAGCUUUGUCAUUUGCUUGUGGGAAUACUACUAACAGGUGCAUGGAGUAUUGCGACCUAUGUCAUUCGUAUUAUGGUGGACCAACAAUGGAUUGCCUUUCCACUCUGUUAAACCAUCUAUGUCUCUCCAAUUAUGAGAAUGCAAUGACAUCACUAAACAGCAAUGACUGGUGCAUUUGGAGUAAUGUGAGCGGUUUGUACAGUAACCUAAGCCAAUGCACAGAGGAGAUAUCGGACUGUCUAGUAAUCCCAUGGCCCAACCCUCUGGUGGAACAGACCUUUUUGAACAUUCACUCCAGGUUUUUCAAGGAUUGUCCCUCAGAGGAGCUAAGUGACCCACCGCCAGUCAUCAUCUUUGCCCUGGUGAUAACCCCCAUCUGUCUAAUCCCUGUCAUGGUAAGCCUCGUGGUGCUCAAGACCAAGAAUGGGGAUGGCAGUUCCUGAAAAUCCUGAAUCUCUACUCUGCUUCAAUAUCGUGUUUUUGACCUGCGCUCUCCCUCUUAUCCCAACCUGAGGACUACAGCUUGUUUACAUAUACACCGCAGCUGCGCUUUCAUCUCACCAGUGACCUUGCAGAGGACUGAAUUUUUCUGAUAAGUUUACCUUCACAAUUCAGAGGAAUUCUGAGAUAUCAGGCACAGGGGAAACCUAUCAAGAAGAUGACACUGUGACAAAAUCUAGGUUAUUAUAAAUUCCUGUACCAUACUGUGACAAAAGUUUUGUUUUCAACCACCCCACUUUAUUAUGUCACAUUCAAUUUGCACACAUUAUUCAGAAAACAGAGCUUGUUUUUUUUCUUUUUACUGGAGAACCCAGUAUUCAGGGUUAUGAUGACAAAAGCUCUGGAGCUUGCAAAAGUGAAGUUGAAAUGUAUUUGUGUUGACUCUCCUCAUGAUGUCAGACAGCAGUUGCAUUGAUAAAAGACAAUGUAAUUUUUUUUUACUGAACCCCUGAACUCUUCUUAUGUAACUUCUCUUCUUGCUGCCACUCAAACAUUACUCUGCUUUGAGCCACAAUGUACAGUAUGUUUGCAGAGGAAGCCUAAACUGUUUUUAAUUGGAUGCAGGUAUAUUUCCAUGUUUGAUCUCUGAAAAGGGUCCUCUUUAUGUGUAAAGAAAGGACAGGAAAAUGAGUAUAGUGUGAUGCAUGGAUCUGGUUAUGUGAGCCAUAGUGCGUGUAAAGUUUGAGGUCAGAGGUUACAGAUGGGACACAAUGAGCGGGUGCGCCCAGAAAAGGGAGAUUUCUUUCCUGGUAUUGUCUAUUUUUGAACAGCAAGAAAUCCUUCAGCACUUUCCCCCCGUCCAAACAACGACAAUCCUCAUGAUCACAUGAUGAGCUAAUUAAAGCAAAGUUUAUCCAACAUUUAAAUCCAAUUCAGAGAAAAAGACAGACAGACAGAUGAACAAUAGUCUGUGCAGCAUAGUGAUAAACACUGAGCAACGACACGAAGAUAAAAGUGUUAUCUUUCACCUGAAUCAUGAUUUUGUAGCUAUGUAUUGUUCACUCUUGAAUGACAAGAAAGCCAUGGUUGAUUGCUUUCAGAUUUAGAAAAAAAUGUGUAUUUAUAUACUGUUAUAUUUCUGCCAUUGUCAGGACUUACUGUACCAUAUGAGAGCGCACAUUCUGUCCACUCUCACACCAUUUACUGUAUGUAUUUUAAUAUACUUUUCUAUAUUUUAUUCAAUUAAAUCUACAGUUCAGUUGUUGGCUGUUGCUUAUUUUUACUUAUUUUGGCUGUUGGAUAAAUGACAACCAUGUAAAAUGGCUCUUUUUUUUAGCCAAUCAUUGCAUGGAAGCAGCAGACUGCAGUUCAGCUCAUGUUCACAAGGAUACAUUAGCAGGGUUGCGGCAUCGUUCCGGCAAAAGUACCCUUUAACCUCAGUCAGCUUUUGAUUAAACACCCCUUUCCCUUGA